CAGAUGCGUCACAAGAUAGAGGGUCGCCGUAAGAAGGUGGCGAUGAUCGGCGACAGGGCGAGUGGUCAGAGCGGUCUGCUAGCUGCCUUCAGUAACAUCGUAUGGCCUGCUGUGUACGUGCCUUCAGUCUUCUCGAGUUUUGAUGUCAGCCUGAAGGAUUACAACACACAGAUGGAAUUCGCCGUGUGGGGGACGUCAGGCCUAGAAACCUGUCAUCUUCUCCGCCGCCUCUUCUACCACGGCGCCAACAUCAUCGUCGUCUGCUACUCCAUCGACAACCCCAGAAGUCUGGACAACAUUCCACGGAAAUGGCUACCGGAAGUGAACAAGGUGUGCCCGGAUGUUCCGCUGAUCCUCGUGGGCAACAACAAGCACGCACGUCAUGAUGACGUCAUCACACAGGCGAUGGCAAAGUGUCACAUGUCGCCGGUGAGCUAUGACGACGGUCUGCAGAUGUCCAAGUUCAUAGGAGCCGUCACGUACUUGGAGUGUUCGGCGAAAACUGGGGAAGGGAUCUGUGACGUGUUCGAGACGGCUAAACAAUCGGCUCUGAAAGAAUAAAAAAAUAAACAAACAAAACCAUAUCACCAACAAGAAAAAACCCAUAAAUGACAAAGAAAGAAAGAACAAAUAUCAAAACAAAAAACAAAACAAAAAAAAACGGAAAAAGAA